CUCAGGGUUGGGACAGGAAUUGAGAAAAGUUCGGCUAUGUAUACUUUACUUUCAGGCGGUGCAUGAUAUGCUAAUUUAUUGAUUUAGUCAUCACGAGAUACACAGAAGUAAGUGAAGGUCUUGUACCACUCUCCAACAGGCACAGAGGGUAUGUCAGGUUGUCAACUCGUUUCUAUAAUCCUCAGAUUCACGAAUGCAUAUGGUGCAGAGGGGAGUAUGAAAUAGUUUCCUUGAAACCUUGCAAUCUUGUGCUCAGGCAUUUCCUACUGAAAUGCCUUCAGACCCAGUGAGCCCCUGCACUGUUUACAGUCGUGGAGAUUCACUUUCACAUCUGGUGUUUCAAAGAAUGAUCACAGGCAGGUGACUUCUUUUCAUGUUUACCCUUUGCUGUGAAAAAAAGUGAUAAAAAUAAUGAAAGGCAUAGAGUAGUUGUUUUCAUUUUGUGAGUGGUUGGUGGAGACUUGAAGUUGAUCAGUUUUUGGGCAAGCUAUGACAAACUGCCGGAAGAAGAUGCCCGUUGUUCCACUUAAUUUAAAUAACUUUGAGUCUUCUAUAAUUUCUGCUGGAUGCCCUUACGUUCUCACCAGCCCGCGCUCAUUAAGGGCUUGUAAAAAAGCGGGAAUCAAGCCAGUUGAGCUUUUAUAUCAAAGCACUUCACAAAUUGCGGAUGAUUUGGGAGUUCACCCAAAAUAUGUUACUGAUGUAUUUCUUCAAAGGGAAACAGACCGACAAAAAAAACUAGACUUGGUUCGUAAGAUACGGAAUGAUAUCAUAGCUGAUGAAACUCUCAUAAAAAGUUUGGAUUUGGCGCACCAUAAGGAUAAUCUAACAUGUCUUUCAACUUGCUCUAGAGGAAACCGCACACCAACAUCCUUAAGAAGACGACAUCAUUCUUCUCUCCACCAUUUGAAAGGACUAGCAGAACACACAAAUCAUGGUUCAUCUCCAUCCAUUUCAAGUAUCCUUUCAUCUCAUUCGCCAGCAUUUCAAGACACAUCUCGCUCUUUUCACUCCCAAUCUAGGCACACUUCGCCAGUACUAAGGUCAAAAUCAACCGAGGCUAUGUCGAGUGGUAUGAGGGAAAUCGACAACCACUUGCGGCUAUGCUCUGAGGAGGAGUCAAUCUUCAGACAGAAUCAAAACUUUCCAUAUUCUCCUUCCGAGAAUAACACACCAAGCCCACGAUUUAAGCAUAAAAUGACACCCGACCCUGCCUGCAAAUCACGAAAUUCCCCCUCCACUCCUCGCUCAAAAUCAGUGCCUUGUUUCCCACCGAUGCCUUUGGUCUCUGUAAGUAGUACACCUGAUUAUUAUGCACCAAAUUCAACGGACACAGUGUCAACACCUCGAUCCAAAAUUGGAACCUGCCAUCCAGUGCCAUUAGAUUCUCAUGUGUCUCGCUGCACAUCAGAUCUGUCCCAAUCUCCAGAGAAUUAUCAGGAUAGAAUACAGUUGGUCAGUGAUUUCCUGUCUCAAGCAAAAACGAAGUGUCUUAAAAAGAAGAAAACCAAAGGGAGUAAAUGCAAGUCAUUCAUAUCUGGAACCAAAUUAAAAACCUUCGAUGGGAAGGAAAGUAAGAAUAAACAAGUAGCUUUUGAAGAGAAUCUAAAGAAGGAAAAAAAAAUAGAUGCUAAAACAAGAUCCAAACCAGCAGCAGGAAAAAAUGCAAGACAGAAAUAUUAUGAUGAAAAGGAGAACAGUUCUCGAAGAAGGGAUGGCAAUGAAUCGUGUUCUUCCAGAGGUAGUUCACAGAGAAAUAGUGGUGGGUCAGUCAGAUCAAAGAGAUGCUCCCAGCAAACAGAGGUAUCCAAACCAAAAAGAAAACUGAAUGAACACAGGAAGAGUAAAUAUGGAAGAUCUGAGUCGGAUGAAAUUCGCGAGAAUGAAAAAGAAAGAAAUGAAGAUCAAAUAAAAAACCUAACUGAGAACAAACCAAGGGGAAGCCAUGAACACAGCUGCUCUGUUAUGGAUACUUGUGGGAAGAAGAGUAAUAUAUUGAGAAACUCCUUUGUCAGUUCUCUGAGAGCAACUCCAAUGAAUAUUUCGAACCACGAUCUGAGAAUUUUGGAGUCGAUGGCAAUGAAGAAAGAGCAAGAGAGAGCUAACAAAGAGCUAGCUUAUCAAGUGCAGCAGCGUUGGGAAGCUGAUCGAUUGGCAAAAGCAAAGUUUGAGAAUGAACUGAAAAACAAAUGGCAGAAAUACAUUCAGGAGAAACGACAGCUGGAACAAAAUAUGAACAGACUAAAAAUGGAAGAGGUUAAGCUAAGUUUGCAUGAAUCACAAAAAAUACUUGAAGAAAAUUUGCGAAUGCGAGAUGAAAAAGUUCAGCGAAGUUUGCAAGAGAUGGAGAGGAAAAGAAUGCUCGAGACAAUGACAAGGCAUGAACAAUGCGAAAACAGGAAGACCCAACUGAAUGCAAAUCAGCACCAGCAGAAAUCUUUAGACACUUUGAAGAGGUUCCAUCAUAUAGAGGAAAUGGACAAUAAAUUGGAGCAGGCUGAAAUAAAUCGACAACAGCUUAAAGCCAACACUUACAAGAAGAUAGUCUCAGGAAAUAGACUGAAAUGUUUGAAACACAUGACUCGCAUGGAAGAGUUGUUGACGAAUGAGGCCAUUACGCGAAAGCAGAAACUGGAGGAAUGCCACAGGCGAGAGGAACGUGCUUGGCAAAGAUACACAGACCAAGUUCACAGUAGGCUCCAACAAUUGAAAAUGAAUAGUGCAUUACGAGAGCUGAGAAGUGAGCAAGUACGUUCUCUUGCCAGGGAGCUGGACCAGGGUUUGGAGCGAUGGCAAGAUCAUGUGAUGAUACUUCAAUGGCAAGCAGUUCAACGAGCUGAGGCUAGUGCAAGCAUCCAACUGCAGACCAAACGGCUCAAAACAGAGUGCGAGAAUAGAGAGCGACAGCUGCAACAUGCCCAACGAUUUAAACGGGUCAAAGCGUUCGAAGCAGAGAAGGAGAAAGGACUAAGAGAGCUCAUAACUGCAAAAGAGAGCAGAAUUAGAGCUUUGCAACUGAAAAAAGAAAGAGAUAUUUUAGAGUGCAAGGCAGCAGCACACUCUACAGCUGAGCUGCGGGAGCAUUUGCGAGAGUCCUUGACUCCAGAAACAUUUGAUCGGAAGGUGACCAAAGUAGCAGUGGAAAUGCGAGUUUGUAACCGGCCAGCAACUGCAAGUCCAACAAUGAUGGGCAAGUCUCAUAUUCGUCUGGGCUGAACAAAGAGGAAUUUGCUUUUUCACCUGAUUGAACCAUCAUUCUCCAGUUAGCUGAAGAAAAAAACUUUAAAAAAUUUUAGCAAUUCUUUUGAACACUGAGAGAAAAAAUUAUUUUGUUCACAAAUAACCUUCCCAACCACAGUAAAAUUCGCGAUUCCUACAUUUUUUCCAACCAUUACAAUCAAGGGAGGUAUGGAAGAGUAAAAACCUGAUCAAAUAGAAAGACUGUCAUUUUGCCAAGUUCCUAAAUUGUCAUAGAUAAUUCCCUUGUAAAGUACUGUUUUUCUUGUACUUGAAUGUGAUUUCUUGUGGAUAUUAGAUAUUAUGAAAAUUUACAACAUAUUGUUUCACUGAUUUCAAACAGAACUUCUCAGAAUUUGAUGUAAUUAGUUACUGAUAUUGUAUACGGUUAACAGAUAAGGAAAUUCCUUUCAAAGGUCUUGAACAUUCUUUCAAAAAAGUUUUUUUUUUUCUUUUCAAAUUUGUUACUUCAUAAGGUCAUCAUCAUCUAUGUAUUGAAAAUAAAAAUGGACACAACAGCAUCA